AUGGAUAGGAAAGCGCGGAAGCAAAAAUCCCUUGCGCGCUAUAACUGGUUCGCAAUGAAAAUGUUCUUAAAGAAUAAAGAAGUUCAAAAAGGCAGAGAAGAUCUUACAGAUUCAAUUCAUCAAAAAUUAGAUGAAUUUGCUGGACCUUCUGCACAUAAAGUAAUGGAGAAAACACAAUUUAAUUUAUCUGUUAGGGCAAUUAAAUCAAUUACAUCUAAAUCUUUUGAUCCUUUCCGAAAUUUAAUUAAACAUAACGAUAUUCCUGAAACAGAAGAUCAAAUUGCAACUCACUCAGCAUUUCGAGUAUUAUCUAAUAUUAGCAUACUGCCUUCACUUGAUUUCUUAGCAAAUCAAGUUACAGAAAAAAUAAAUCCGAUUUAUAUUUCUCAUAAACCAAAAGUUAAGCAUCGGAAGAACGAAGAUAAGGUCAAUAGUGUUCUAGGAUCCGUUAUUAAUCAUAUGCAGCUGCAUAUUCCUCUUCCAGAUUUUGAUGCCGAAUUAGAGCCAUUAUUUACUCACCCAUCCGGAAAAAGAACAUUCUCACGUAUGGAAGAUGAAGAAUUUGCAUUAAAACAGAUAGCAGCAAAUGCAGUUGGAGCAGAUUCAUUUUUAUUAAAGCCUUUCAAAUCAAUUUCAGCGCCAAAGCAGUCACUUCGACCAUUAUUACGCGUAGCAUAUCCAUCACGUGAUACUACAUCUAAAUUUAACCCAAUCAGAAACGCUACAUUUACUGGAGAAUAUUAUACAACCAUAGAACCUCUUGUCAGCAGAUCUAUGCAACCUGUAGAUGAAGAAGGUUUCCCUCUUUACAAUUUCGAUCUUUCUGUUCUUAAGAAGCGGCUUGGAAUCGAUACCGAGAAUAUUUAUAAGAGAUUUUCGGAUUUGGCAUACCAGCAAGAAGAAAUUAAACAGAGGGAACUUAUUAAAGAGCGCGGUCCGGCUCUUGGUGAAGGAGAUGUAAUUGAAUCGUUAGGAUUCAUUGAUGAAGCGAUUAAUGAUGGCUUACGUGAGUUCUCUAAGGAAGUUGUUGGUCUUAACGAUGCAAUUGAAGCUUCUUCUGCCUUCACUUCUGACUUAUCUUCCAAAAUUCUUCGGCAAAGCGUUACUGGAUCUGUUUUCUCUCAACUUAAUAUUCUUACACCUUUCCUGUUUGGAGCUGCCAAUAUUAAGAUGCAUAAUAUUGAUGAGAGAAGAGCAGAAGAACAACAACUUAUCAAAUCAAAACCAUAA